AAAAAGAAAGAGAAGAAAAAGAAAGAUUGGAAAAAGAGAAAAAAGAAAGAGAAGAAAAUGAAAGACUGGAAAAAGAGAAAAAAGAAAGAGAAGAAAAAGAAAGAUUGGAAAAAGAGAAAGAAGUACAACUUCCAAAAGAAGAAUUAGAAAUACAGGCACAACUGCCAAAAGAAGAAUUAGAAGUACAAGCACAUCUGCCCAAAGAAGAAGAAUUAAAAAAAGAAGAGCAAGAAGAAGAACAACAAAUGAGUACACAAGAAUUAGAAGAACAAAAAACGUCGGAAAUAAUAAAAGAAGAAUUGGUAAAGGGGCAUAAUAUACUAGAAGGAAGUGAUAAAAAAAAUAUGGAAUUAAGUAAACCUGAGGUUAGUAUGGAUAGUACUGAUAAUAGUCCAAUAAUUAACAAAGAAACCACAAAAAGCGGUGAUGCAGAUAACAGUAAAGGUAAACAAACGGAAGAUAUUAGUAACAGUCAUAGUACACAAACAGAUGAUAUUAGUGACAGUCAUAGUAAGCAAACCGAUGAUAUUAAUAACCUUCAAAGUGCACAAACAAAUGAUAGAAGUAGGACCCAGGGGGAACAAACCAGUGAUAUUGGAAAGGAAGACAUUUCACAUAAUGUUGAAAUUUCUAACACUAGUGAAAGAAGUAACAUCACUGAUGAUACUAAUAAAAAUAAAAGUAGCAACAUAAUUGAAAAUAGUGACAUAACUAUAAAUAGUAAUACAGGAGACAUUUCUAGUACACCUGAUGAAUCCCACAUAAGUCCUAAAGACAAUACGUAUGAUAGUGGUGUUUCAGAUAAUAAAAAAAGUAUUAGUGAAAGUAUAAGUGAUAAAUUAAAUUUAGAUGAAAAUAUAAGAAUAGAUGAUAAUUUGAAUACUAUUAAUAUUGAUAGUACUGGUUCACGUGGUGCUAGUAGUCAUGAUAGUAGUAAUAAAGAUGUUAAUGGUAUAAGUAAUGCUACUAGUAUUAGGAAUGAUGAUGAUAUAAGUCAUGCUAGUAGUGCUAGGAAUGAUGAUGAUAUAAGUCAUGCUAGUAGUGCUAGGAAUGAUGAUGAUAUAAGUCAUGUUAGUAGCGACAUUCAUAUGGAUAGUGUAGAUACUAAUGCUAGUAUUGACACUGCUGAAAAUGCUCAUCACAGAUAUAAUGUUAAUUCUAGUGAUAGUAUUAGUUCCAGUCAUGACACCGUUAGGCAAAACGACUUUAGUAGUGUUAUUAAUGAGGGAGGAAAUAAUGAAGGACGUGCUGAGAAUAAAUUUAAAGAAUAUGAAUUCCAAACAGAACAAACACAUGACGAAUGGAUUAUGAAUCCAAAAAAUGAACAACCUGAACAUAAAAUUACAGAAAAACUGGUAGAUAUUUAUCCUUCUGCAUAUAGAACACUUGAUGAACCUAAGGAAAUACAUGGUUCAAAUGAAAAGUAUCAUACGUUUGAUAAUCCAUAUGAAACAGAAGAAGAUCACACGGAAAAACAUGAUUAUGAUAAGCAUGAAGAUUUCUAUGAUGAAAGGUAUUCAAACGAUAAAAGUUUUGAUGUUUUCAUAUAUACGUCUGGAGGAUUGGUUUGUUGUGUAUUAUUUUUUGCAAGUAUUGGUUUCUUUACUAUGAACAAAUCAGAUAAGGAUGAAUGUGAUUUUGAUCCAUGUGAAGAAAUAUAUAAUAAUGAUAGCUCAUCGAAUUAUGUUGAUAAAGAAGAAAUAAUUGAAAUUAUAUUUGAUGAAAAUGAAGAAAAAUAUUAUUAA